AUGGAUCCACUUUUAAAACAAGAGGAUAAAUUAACUGAACAACCAACUUCAACAAGAUACAUCAUGGAUGGAAACAAUCCAAAUCACCACGACACAAAAUCGUCAUCACCUCUGCCAUCUACCUCAAAAGACAGCAAAUGUGUACGCUUUAGAAAAGCCAUAUUCUCACCAUGGUACAAAGAAAUCUCAGUGGAACCCACAAUGUUCCUGUAUAUGUUCGCUUUUAUGAUUACCUCAGUCGUGGAGCAGGACUUCUUCCUGCAAAAAGCCUGUCGGGUCAAUAACAAUUUCACCGAUGAAAUCUGCGAACACAUCAAGGACAGUGAAAAUGCCGAAUACAAGAAACAAGUUCAAAUUACCACAGCCUGGUUCCUGCAAUGGGAAUCGAUAUCGGCACAUGUCUUCCCAAUUAUAUUGGCCCUGUUUUUGGGUUCAUUUUCGGAUCGUCGCGGACGGAAAUUCCCCUUAUUGAUGGGUUUGUGUGGAAAAUUCAUUUACUCUGUAAUGAUUGUGGUUAAUGCACGAAUGAAAUCGUGGCCCGUCGAAUAUAUCCUCUACACGGCCACAUUGCCCAGCGCUUUGACGGGAGCAGAUGUUGCAAUAUUUGCCUCAUGUUUUGCAUAUAUUUCGGAUAUAUCGACACUGAAAAAUCGAACAUUGAGAGUUACAAUUUUGGAUGUGGUCUAUUUGAGUGCUAUGCCCACCGGUGUGGCCUUGGGUUCAUAUCUGUUCUAUAAUCAUUUUAAUCGUUCCUAUGCCAAUAUGUUUACACUGAACGCUUCACUGUUGGCGUUGUCCAUAAUUUAUACAAUUAUUAAUCUAAAGUGGCAAACAACAGAAAAACAACGUUCCCUUCGAGAAUUGGGUUGGUGUGGCUUUUUCGGUGAUUUCUUCGAUAAACAACAUGUUGUCGAUUCCAUUGCUGUUCUAACCAAGAAACGACCCGGAAAUCGUAGAAGCUUUUUGAUAAUCCUACUCAUUACCAUGGCCCUGUAUACGUUCCAGAGAGAUGAGGGACAAUAUCUUUACAUUUAUACUGCAUUUAAGUUCCAAUGGGGUGUCGAUGUCUAUAGUACAUUUAAAACGGUUAAGUCGUCCGCCUAUGUGCUGGCUAUGUUGGUUGGCGUGCCGUUAAUGAAUAAAGUAUUUGGCUGGAAAGAUACCAUUAUUAUUUUCAUUGGCGCUUGGGCCCAUGCCAUUGCUCGUUUGUUCUUUUAUUUUGCCGAAACGGGCCUAAUCUUCUAUGUGGGAGCUAUUGUUUGCAGUUUGGGUCCCAUUGUUGGGCCCAUGAUUCGUGCAAUGACCUCGAAAAUUGUACCCAUUUCGGAGAGGGGUAAAGUGUUUGCUUUACUUUCGGUAUGCGAUAAUGCUGUACCAUUUAUAAGCGGUGUUUGCUAUUCGCAAGUGUAUAAGGCCACUCUGAACGAUGAAGGCAAAGGUGGUGAUGGCAUAUUUUUAUUGACCAUUGCCACCCAAAUGGGCGUGUUUAUUCUAGUACUAUCUAUACACAUUAUAUUGGGCGAUAGGCUAUUGGAAGUGCCGGAAAUUAGUGAAAGCGAGAAAACUAUUGUUAGAGAUGCAGCUGUCGUACGACACACAGAUGAACAUAACAAUCAAAUAGAUAAUGUUAAGCAGAACUAA